CGCAGGGUCACGAUGUCAUUCAAAACUCAUUCAGCUGUUUCUAGUACUCAAAUGCCUGCAGUGCAGUAGCCGCUAAGCGCUGUAUGGGACCACGCUCGUUAAUUAAAUCUACAAAUACGCCAAAAUGGCACUGAUGGGAGUUCAGCUGGUGGUCAGCUUGCUGGCGGUCAGCAUAAUGCAGAAAAUGGCCCCGCAUUGCUCUUUCGCACGCUGGCUCCUAUGCAGUGGCAGUCUCUUAAGGUUCAAACAUCCUUCAGAAGGAGAACUCUGUGCACUUGCAGGCAAGCAGAUGCCCAGCAAGACUGGCAGAAGAGACAGGAGGCAGAAUGGCCACGGAGAGACCAAGCCCCUUACAGUUCCGAAGGACAUUGAUUUGCACUUGGAGAGCACCCCUGUGAAUGUAAUAGAUGCUCUGGUUCUGCGGUUCUUCGUGGAGUACCAGUGGUUGAUCGACUUUGCCAUCUAUGCAAUGGGCAUCUACCUUUUCACUGAGGGGUACUAUUUUGUGGUGGAUGCCAGUAAAGAGGUCAACAUCGGGGCCAUCUGGUGUGUCCUGAUGGUCUUCUUCUGCCUGAGGACUCUGCAUGUGCUGAUGAGCCACUACUUCCGCUCAGACGAGGGCGGAGAGCGCUCUGUAUGCUUGGCGUUUGGCUUCCUCUCUUUGCUCUUGGCCAUGUUAGUUCUGGUGGUGAGAGAGGACUAUUUGGAGUUUGGCCUUGAGUCUGGUUUCACCAGUGUUUUUGAUAACUUUGAAGCUUUUGCCAAACAACAAGGAUUUGAGUGGUCCGUUCCUUUCACCAAACUGGGAGUGAAGUUGGGCUUGGCUUUUAUUUGUGCCUUCCUUGGAGCUUUGCUCGUUUUCCCUGGACUUCGCUUGGCCCAAACGCAUUUAGACGCUGUACAGAUGAAUGCUAAUAAACCAAUCAUUCAAAUUCUUCUGCACACCAGUUUUUUGUCUCCGUUGGUUAUAGUUGUGUGCUGGAUCAAGCCUCUUGCUCGUGACUUUUUAGGAAAUGCUCCUAUGGGAAAGACUUCAGUCACGUUGCUUUCCAGCUCUGCCUUCGACUCAGUGCGUCUGUGGAUAAUCCUGGGGUUGUGUGCCCUGAGGCUGCUGCUCACUCGCCAUCACCUGCAGGCUUACCUGAACCUCGCCCCCAAGUGGGUGGAGCAGAUGAAGAAGGAGGCGGGUCGAAUUGCUGCUAUUGACAUCCAGAGAAAGGUGACCCGUGUGUACUGCUACCUGACGGUAGUAACACUACAGUACCUCAUUCCUGUUCUGCUCGUGCUGUUCUCAACCCUGGCCCUAAAGACUCUAGGUGAUUACUCGUGGGGACUGGGUGCGGAGACUCCAGGUGUAACACUGGCACCAGUUCUUCCCACCUCUGCUCCUCCUUUACCCAGCUCAGGAGAUGAGGACGAUAUAGAGGACAUGGAGGAAGAUAUCCAAGUCACCGUAGCUCACCUGGCCGAGGUCUUUUCUGCACUACGUUCCGUCCUCACUCCUGUCUUUUUCAGAGGGAUCUUCGCCUUCCUUACUUGGUGGGUGGCAGCCUGCCAGCUCAUCAGCAGUCUGUUUGGCAUCUACUUUCACCAGUAUCUCAUGCAGAGCUGAGCAGAGUCGAGGAAUGCCCCCUGUGUGCAGUCCAUGUGCAACUGCAACAAGCGAAACGAGCUCUUGAGGAGAACUCUUGGUGGGCUCAAUCAACACACACUAGGUGUGUUUAGGCCCCAGAGGGUUUGAUCUUUCCCAGAGAUGGUAAUGUGUUUGGUCUAAGCCAAACAGAAUGCUGAAAUAUUGAUUUUGAAGCAUUUUUAUUAAAACAGAUGAGUUUGAGUUUUGCUACACGUUUUUAAAUCAAAUAGAGAAAGUGCGUUAUGAAAGUUGUAUGACAGAUGUUUUAUUUGUGUUUAAUACUUUACUACAAAUUGAAUCACUUAAUACUUUUCUCGGAGUUACUUUGUUAUUCACAAUUAGUUAAAGUUUAUGUGAUGUAAAACUAAGUGCCUGGAAUCUCAGGGAUUUAAAUACAGUGUUUUCUCUGCCAGCACUGAACCAAUUAUAAACUGCUUACCUUGAUCUUGAAUUUUAAACACAGCGAACACACAAUAGCAGAUUGCAGGUUUGCUCAAUCACUCCUGUUUUCUUUAAACUGAGUACUGAUGCAUUAAAUGUUUUGGUACUUAUGCAGUAUUGUAUCCAGUUUUGCUGAAUCCCAGAAUCAGGCUAAAAUAACAAGUUAAAGUUUAGUUAAAUUUUUUCCCCCUUGAAUAGUUCUAAUGUAUUUAUUUUUCCUGGUCCCAAUGAAUGACCAAACAAUUUAGAAUAAGGAGAUCUAAGCGGUUUUUACAAUAAAAUGCAUGGUGUGACAGA